AUGCUGAUACAGAUACUACGUAUAGCAUUGCUUUUGUCCAUUGGUGAAACGAACAUUUACAUAUAUCAUACUGAAGAUAGUUUAUCAGCACAAUUUUAUGAUUGUAUUUACCAUCAAGAUCUUCUCUAUUGUCGUCGUCCAACUGAGCCAAUCGUAUUACAACGAGAUAAUGAUACACAAUACUGCUAUAAUAAUGGUAAAGUUCAUACAUUCAGUUCAUUGAUGAAUAAUUCCAUCAAUGCGAGUUUUAUUCGAUAUAAUUGGAAUUCUGGAAUUGAAAAAAUAGAAGAUUAUAUGAAUUAUGUUACUGAUGGGAUCGAUAAUUAUAUAUGUGAAUGUACAAAUUCACAAUCAUUUGGAAGACAUUGUGAAUAUAUAUUACCGUUUGGUAAAACAUUCGAAGAAACACUUCAAUGGGAAUUAGAAAAAAGAAGACAGAAUAAAAAUGACACGCAGAUAUAUGGUGAUAUUUUAUGCUAUACAACAAUACUGUGUGAUUCAGGUAUGUUAUGUCUUGACUGGCGAGAUAUUUGUGAUGGUCUUCAACAAUGUAUGUUUGGUUAUGAUGAAGAAAAUUGUGAUAAAUUAGAAUUUAAUGAAUGUGAAGAUGAUGAAUAUCGAUGUGUAAAUGGAAUGUGUAUACCUGAUGAAUAUUUUCUUGAUGGUGAUUAUGAUUGUAUGGAUACAACAGAUGAAAUUGGUUAUAAAGCUGAUUUUGAUUGUACAUUUCAACAAGUUAGCAUAGAAUGUGAUGAUCGCACGUGUUUAAGAGAUUAUUAUUCGUGUGGCGAUGGACAAUGUAUUGAUAGUCGUUUAGCUUUUCAGGGAUCCUCGAAGCUGAUGGAAACAUGUAGAAGUUAUCGUGACCAAUAUUACAUAUGCGAAACUCAUUACUACGAUGAACAAUGGACUUUACCCAAUGGUAGAUGUUAUUUAGGCAAAGAUUACAGAGAGAUUAAUAUUUUUAAUCUAACUAAUACUGAAUUAUGCAUCUAUUUCGUGAAAUGUCUUCUUUCGAAUGGUGCAGAAAAGAAUUGUAUUUCGAUGAGCAACGGUCACGACUACAAUGAACAACUAAGAAAAUAUUGUUCAUCACCAUUUAUUCAAUAUCCUCAAGGUGCGAUAAUUGGUCCUUAUAUUCAUCAUUUUUAUAAUAUCGAACGGCGGUCAUGGGAAGAGCGCACAGCUGACUUUAUUAUAAUCAAUGGAACUAUUAAAUGUCGACAAUAUUUAAUCCAAAACUAUAUAAAUAUAUCCUAUUCUACAUAUGAAUCUCUUCUUGAAUGGGAAGAAUUUAUAUGUAUGUCUCCAGUAAUGAAUUCUUCUAUUCUUGAAGGUGGUUAUGAUCCGUUUUGUUACAAUAACUCUCAAACAUUCAAAAAUCAAUCGUAUAAUGUCAUUGACAUAUGUAAUCGUUCAAAAGAAUGUAUUUCUGCGUAUCGCAUAGCAGAUGGAUUUGAUGAUUGUAUAGAUAACAUGGAUGAAGUUAAAAUCAAUAGAAAUUUAGUUUUAAAAACAUGUUUAAAAAUGCGUCGACAUCGUUUUCAAUGUUCUUCUGACCAACCAACAUGUUUACCGAUUCUUUUUUUCAGUGAUAAUAUAACUGAUUGUGAAAAUAAUUAUGAUGAAUUAAUUUCGUUAAAAUUGAAUUACAAUUAUAAAUCGAAUAGGGAUAGAGAAAUUCUUCAACAAUACAUUGAAAAUUCAUGGGAAAUUGGCGAAAUAUCUCAAAUUGUAGCAAAUCUUUCGUUUCGUUCCUAUUGUAACACGUUUUGGGAUGUGGAAUUGCAUAUAGAUGAAGAUCGUAAGAUUUGUAAAGAUUGGUGGAUAUGUUCUAAAGAUCAAUGGCAAUGUCAUUCAGGCCAAUGUAUUGAUGUUAAUUGGGUUCUAGAUGGAGAAUGGGAUUGUUUAGAUGCAUCAGAUGAACAAAAAAUUUUCUUUACUAAUCAUUCAUUAUCGUCACAUAAUAUCGAUCUGAUUGAUAGUUCUGUUUUGGAAGAAAAUUUUCAAAUACGUUAUUAUGAGGAACCAUUUUGGAAUAUUUGCAAUUUCAGCACAGAAUUUCCAUGUUUUCCAAUUAAUUCUUCUUGUUUAUCGAGCUAUCCAUGUAUUAGUCUUGAAAAAGUUGGUGAUGGCCAUCCUGAUUGUUUGGGUGCUGUAGAUGAACGAAAUACAAUAGAAUAUUGCAAUGAGGCAUACAUGCUUGGAUAUGAUUUUCUAUGUCUGUCAACUAAAACUUGCAUUGGUUUUUAUGAGAUUUGUGUCGUCAGGUGUCCUAAUAUUAUUGAUGAUGAGCGAAUGUGCGAUAGUCACAGAGAUUCUGAUGGGUGUGAAAACGAUAAGGAUUUUCGAUGCUGGAACGGAACUUGUAUUAAGGAUGGACGGUGUAACCAAAAAUCAGAGUGUGUAUAUGGAGAAGAUGAAUACCAUUGUGAAAUUCCAAAUGUCGAACGUAAAACUAUUGAAAGUAACUAUCGUAGUCAGAAAAAAAACAUUGUUGCAACGACUCCGAAGUAUUUGAAUCUACCGAUGUUUCCUCACGAAACAAAAACAUUAUCAAACAUCAGUAUACACAACUCUACAAUAUCGGAAACUAUCAAAAGUAUCGAUAUAGUCAACAAUAUAUCUUCACCUAUUGCUUACAUAUGUAAUCGUGGUGUUGGUAUUUAUACAUACAAUGAUUCAAUUGUUUGCUUUUGUCCUGAACAAUACUAUGGGGAUAAAUGUCAGUUUUACAAUGAUCACUUAACUUUAAUUCUUGGUUUAGAUAUCUCAAGUUCCAAAUAUAAAAUGGUUAGAAAUUCAAACAUGAUACUGAAGAUACUUGUUUUGUUCUUAUAUGAGAAUGAAAUUCUUGCUACUAAAGAAUUUCAUGUUCGACCAGCUAUUGAAAUGAAUAAUCCUAAGAAACAAAUCAUUCGUUUUCUUUAUUCCCGAACGAAUAUAUCGUUGAAAAGAAAACAACAACGAUAUUUUAAUCGAACAAAUAUUAUUAAUGAACAUCCUUAUUCAGUACAAAUCGAAGGUUAUAAAUUAAAUCAAAAUAAAACUCCAUUGUUCAUUGGUGUAUGGAAAUAUCCAAUCUAUUUCGACUACCUUCCAUCAUUUCGCUUUGUUCAAAUUCUUCGUUUCAAUAACACCAACAAUAUAUACAAUCCAUGUUCACGUAAUCCAUGUGGAGGAUAUUAUCAAUGUCAUCAACUUCUCAAUCAACCGUAUAAUUACAUUUGUUCUUCACCCAAUCAUAAUUCUAAUCAAAGUUAUUGUUUCGGAAAUGCACUUUAUCGACAAAAUUAUCGAAAUUCAACAGAUGAAACAAAAUUAUCUACAUAUUGUAUUUGUUCAUCGGAACGGUAUGGCUAUCGAUGUGGAUUAAUAUACGAUCAAUGCAAUGAAAAUCCUUGUGAAAAUAAUGGCACUUGUCUUCCUUCAAAUAAACCAUCUGAAUAUCAUUGCGUAUGUAAAAGUUUCUACUAUGGAAAACGAUGUCAAUUAUCAAAACAAAUUGUUACUUUACAUGUCAAUGGAACUGUCGAACAUAAAGCAAUAAUUAUUCAAUAUUUUCGAUUAGAUCGUUUUACAUUGAAAUUAAUUUUAAUUUCUCAGCGUAUUUACAAACAACUUCCUAGUCAAUUGACUGAUUUUCAAAAUGAAAUGAAACCACCUGAUAUUGUCAUAGCUAAACAAUAUAUUGAUAUAAAUCAAGUUAAUAUUUAUAUUCUUUCAUUACAAAUCAAUGCUUCAUCUCUGAAUAUUAUAGUACAAAUGAAUGAACUUAAUCGUUGUAUUAAUGUUCGUAUGUUAUUUCAAAAAGACGAAGAAAAUGAAAUUCAUGUAUAUAAAUAUCAUUAUCUUUGUCGAAAGAAUUCCAGUUUAUUUUGUUUUUAUGAUCGUAACUUUGUGUGUAUUUGUGAUAAAGAUCAUUAUCGUGUAGAAUGUUUUAAUUAUGAUCAUAAUAUUGAACACUGUUCAUUCUGUUUUUCUGAUGGUCAAUGUUUAAUUGAAAAUCGUUUAUAUAAAGAUAAUUAUCAUUGUCUUUGUCCACCAUGUCGUUCUGGUCGAUUAUGUCAAUUUAUAGAUGAUGGAUUAAGUUUUACUAUUCAUUCCGCUCUUCUACAUGUUUCUUAUAUUUAUCAAAUAAUUUAUUGUCUGAUAGUUUUUCUUCUAUUUAUUUUUGGUGGAAUAACUAAUUAUGCAACAUUAAUUACAUUUAGUCAAGGGAAGUUACGAGAAACAAGUGUUGGUAUUUAUCUUUUAUUCUUUUCAAUAAUUAGUCAAGUGACAUUAUGUUCAUUAACCUUGAAAAGUUUUCAAAUACUGUUCAAUUUUUUCACGAAUGAUAUUUUAUGUAAAAUUAUUUCUUAUGCACUUUCAACAACUAGUCGUUGUUCAUUUUGGUUAAUUAGUUGGGUGGCAAUUAUACGUCUAUUUGGUAUCUUAUUUCCUUUUUCAACUUUAUUAAAAAAUAUCCGUCUUACAAUAAUUGUAAAUUUAUUAACGAUAAUUAUCAUUGCAUCAAUGGAUAUUCAUGAAUUAUUCUUCUAUAUUAAAGAUCCAAGUGGACAAUCAGCUUGCAUUGUUAGUUAUCCAUCAAUUAUUUCAACCUAUGAACGUAUUUCGGUUAUUCUUCAUUAUACUAUUCCAUUUUGUAUCCAAACCUUAUCAAUAAGUGGAUUGAUUAUUUUAGCAGCACGUAGUCGUUCUCGUGCAAAUAAUCAUUCUGAAACAUUUUUCAAAUAUCUUCAAAGACAAUUUGAAAAUCAAAAAGAAAUGUAUAUUGUUCCAUUAGUUAUUAUUAUAAGUGGUUUACCACAUUCAAUUCUUUCAUUUAGUUUUUCAUGUGUUAAUUUAUCAUUAUGGGAAAAACAUCUAUUACUUAUUGCUUAUCUUAUUGCUUAUGCACCGCAAACACUUGGCUUUGUUCUAUUUGUUAUACCAUCUACAAAUUAUUUAAAAGAAUUUCAAAAGACAAAUUUAUCGAAAAUGUUUAUUUUUCGAUUCAUUUUAACAAAAUGGAAGAAAAAACAUCUAGUAUCAUCUAUCACUUCAAACAACUAA